GAAUUAUAAAGUGUUUGUUUCAGAAAAAAAUUAAAAACAUUGUUGCAAACUAUGAUUGUGAAUUAAAUAUUACUAAAAAUAAUAAAAAAAUUAAAUUAAAAUUUAAUAGUGAAAAUAUUUAAAAAAAAAUAAAUAAAAAAAAUCAAGUUUUAAAUUUAAAAAUUUACAGGAAAAAGCAAGAGUGUUUCCAUACAGAAAAAAUUAAUAUAAAAUUAUUAAAAAUUUAAUGUGAGAAAAAAAAAAGGAAAAAAUAUGGAAAAAAUUAAAAUAAUCUUAGCAAUUUUUUGCAUAUUUCUAAUUCAUUAUAGUUCAUCGAUUUAUAUAUCAAAUGACGGAAUCAAAACAAAACCUUCCUAUAGUAAUUAUAAUUCACAACAGUCACUAUCACCUAAUUAUGAAAGCAACAAAAGGCAAAGUUUUAAUAAUUAUAAUCAUCAACCAUACAAUUCAAAUCGCUAUGUCAACAAGCCUGAUUCGUUGCCAGUAACAUCAUCUAGUCACAAUCAUAAUCAAUAUCCACCACCACAAAACGAUAUUCAUAGUGGAAAUCGUAGAGAAAUUAUUCUAGAUACAAACGUUCGUUUUGUUGAAGACAAUAUAGAAGCAUAUGGUAAUGCAUGUCCCCCAGGAAUAACUGGUCUUUUUCCAUAUAAAUAUGAUUGUCGUCGAUUUUUAAAUUGCUGGCAAGGUAGAGGAUAUGUUCAGCCAUGUGGUGCUGGAACAUUGUUCAAUCCAAUUAGUUUAGAGUGUGAUCAUCCACAUAAAGUAAAUUGUCAAAUAGGAGAUCAAAUUAGAACAACAUAUACUCCAUCACAUCAACAUGAAAAUUCUAGACAAGGAAGAUUAUUAGGUGCUGUUAACACAAAUGUACCUGUUAAUUCAAUCAGUGAUGAUUCAGUUGGUUGUAGUCCAGGUCAUACAGGAUUAUUAGCACAUCCAUUUGUAUGCAAUAAAUUUUUAAAUUGUGACCACGGACGUACUCAUAUACAAAUAUGUGGACCCGGCACUGUAUUUAAUCCAUUGAAAAAUGUUUGUGAUUUUCCCGAAAAAGUCGAUUGUAAUGGAAAAGUUGUUGUUAAAAUUGACGUUGAAAUCGAUGAAACUCAAAUUAAUCCGAACCAUAGCGGUUCAAAAAUUAGAAAUUAUCCUACAUCUAACUAUCAUGCUUCAACUGGUCGCCAUUAUACUUCUUCGAACACUGAUCAAGAUUUUCAAGGAUCUUCACAUCAUAAUUCUCAUAGCGCAACUAGACAGCAAAAUAUUCCAGUUUGGCCAAAUGAACAAAUAUCUCGACCACAAGAUCGCAACUAUCCAACUAACAGACAAGAAAUAAGUGGAUCAAAUCAACACACUAUACCUGUAUGGACAGCUGAAGACACUACAACAACAAGAAGUAAUUAUGGAUUAGUUGAUAAUACACAAAGUCGCACAUAUUAUCCGCAAUAUCCUUCAGUUUAUUCUGGAGAAAUUAAUAAAACUCACAAUACACAGUAUCCAGCAAACACACAAUCCACACAAACAUCUAUUCCUUUUUGGCCCUCACACAUACCUAUUGACACCACUAAACGUCCCAUAACAGUUAUUCCAACCACAACUAGACGAACAACAAGUUCGCCGACCCAAAUUUCUACAUAUCACCAGCCCACUUUGAAUCCACAGUCCUCAUCUUCCCAAAGAAAACCAUUUAAUCCAAAUAUCAAUUUAAAUAUUAAUAAUACUAUAGCUUCGUCUGACGAAACGGGCAAUAUUACAAAUAUUUACUUUGCCGAACCUGUAGAUUACGAUUCUGAUGAAUAUUUUGGUGGUAUAGCAGGAAGCGAUAUAUAUUCACAAAACAAGCCGGUUUAUAAUCCUUACCAUGAAGAAUCACAAUCUUCAAAUAAACACUACAUUCCUAGUUCAAGAAUAAAUUUAACUUCUACUAGUCGACAAGAUUUUUCUUCUUCAGGCUCAAGCAUUAAUCAAAUUCACAUUCCUAAUAGGGACUAUGAUGUACCAGUUCUGAGCAGAGAUGUUCCUCAAUCUCAUUCGCAUAUUAUUCCGCCUCCAAAUCAUUUAAUGCCCCCUCAUAUGCCCACUAAAACGCCUUCCACAACAACAAGUACAUCAAGAGUAUUUCCAGCAACUCAAGAAACUGGAACUACAAAUAUAAGAACUUAUACGAGUAACCGAGACCAAAUCCAAUUGAAUAAACCAGUUGAAGCUGAUGUACAAAGACCUCUAUAUAGCCCAUCUUAUUCUGGUGUAGCACAUUCAAGGGAGGGUUACCAAAAAAAUUUUAAUAUACACUCUGAAAACUCCAAAAGAACACAAUCGUCACCUCCAAUAGAAUUCAGCAGAGAUAAUUUUAACAAUAGGGAAUCUGAUAUUAACCCGGCUGCAUCCCAUUCAUAUCCUAUAUAUGUACGUCCAUCUUCUGAAAGUCCAAUCCAAAAACCAAUAACACAUCCAUCAACUAAUUUUCAACCAACAUAUCAUUUACCUAACGCUUAUAACAAAAAAUAUUCGCCAAGCAAUUCACCAGCAAGCUCUGUAAUAAAUACUAAAGAAAUUAGCCAAAGCACAGAUACUAACACUGAUGAUAUUGAAAAUUUGCCAUUGAGUGAAGCUUUAAAGCUGCUUUUGCGGCCUUAUGUUGCUAAAAGUAAUUCAAGCUUACCUGAUAAUGCAAUUAAAAAUAUGGAAUCACAGCUCGUUGACCUUGAACAAAAGCAACAAAAAGAAAAUAUUAAAAAAGAAGUUGAAAUUAUUGUUACAGAGGAACAAAAGCAUUUGACACAACAACAGUUAAAUCAGACCGAAACUUCAAAUUAUGAUGCAGCUAGUAAUCAAAAUAAUGGAAAUAUUCAAAGGCAAAAUCGAGGAUAUAAUGGUUAUCAUAAUCACAAUUUCAAUCAUCAUCAUUCAAAGGAAUUCCAUCAGAGAAAUCCACAUAUCCCCUACCCAAAUCAACAUGGACAUUCUAGAGAAUUUCAUGAAAGACAUCCUAACAUUCCAAAUCCAUUUCGAGAUGAAGAUGAUGACACACCGAUUUGGAAUAGACACGAACCCACAACACCAAGGAGCACACCACUUUAUCCAGUCACAACUACAAGAAAAACUGUAGAUGAAGAUGAUAUUCGUGAAACAGUUACGACAAGAACAUAUAGAGAAGACUAUGAAAAAUCUCUAAAUAAAGAUUUUAAUAUAGAAACGAAUUCCCCAUCAAUUGGAGCAGGUGGUAUUAAGGGAAAGCCUAAUAACAAUUGUGAAUUUAAUUGUGGAAAUGGAAGAUGUGUCAAACAUUUCCAGGUUUGCGACGGUGUAAAUAAUUGCGGUAAUCGAAAAGAUGAAAGUGGAUGCUCACAGUUAGGAUAUAAAGUUCGUUUAAAUAGUAAAGAUGGAGCUGAAAACGAAGGCAGAGUGGAAGUUAGAAUAAAUGGUAAAUGGGGUUACAUUUGUGAUGACAAAUUUGACAUAAAGGAUGCGAAUGUUGUUUGUCGUGAACUUGGUUUUCCAUUCGGCGCAAGUGAAGUUCGAGCAAACUCAUACUACUUACCAACAGUUGACAUGAUGAGUUCGUAUAACAAUGUUUCAUUUGUUAUGGAUGAAGUUGAUUGUAAGGGUAAUGAAACUUCAUUGCAAGAAUGUGAUUUCAAGGGAUGGGGUGUACACGAUUGCAAUGCUGAUGAAGUUGUUGGAGUAGUUUGUAAGCAGGCUGUUAUGAAAUGUCCAAAUGAACUCUGGUUGUGUAGCAAAUCAAAGCAAUGUAUUCCUUCAUCGUUUUUGUGUGAUAAUGUAGUAGAUUGUGAUGAUGGAUCUGAUGAAAGCGAUGCUGUUUGUAAUUCUAAAAUCGAAUAUCGCCUUUCAAAUGGAAAAAACAGACUUGAAGGGAGAGUGGAAAUAAAAUAUCGAAAUGAAUGGGGUACAAUUUGUGACGAUGAUUUUGGUGUCAAAGAAGCUCAAGUUAUUUGCAAUGCUUUAGGAUUUUAUGGUCCAGCUGAGGUAAUCAAAAAUACAUAUGGUCCAGGAUACGGCCCAAUAUGGUUGGAUCAAGUAGUGUGUAGGGGUAAUGAAACCUGCUUAGAUCAAUGUAAUCACUGGACUUGGGGUCAACAUAACUGCAAUCACACAGAAGAUGUUAGCAUCCGUUGUUCAAUAGGCUCAUCGAAACCAACUCACGUUCGAUCAGAAAUAUCGACAAAAACUAAAUCAGCUUUAAAAGGAAAAUCUGAAUUUGAUGAAGAUGAAGAAAAUGAAUUAGAUUAUUUUAUGCACAGCCCUAGAUCAAGCAAAUACUUAAGUUUUGAAAAGCCGAAAUGUGGACGUCCAAACAGAAAUAUUAUCGAUGAAGAAUUCGAUGAAAGAAUGAUGCAAAGAAUAAUUCAUGGAGGUGAAGUUAGACGUGGGCAACACCCAUGGCAAGCAACAAUUAGAAUUAAAGGAAUCAACGGAAUAAGUAAUCAUUUAUGCGGAGCUGUUUUAAUAUCUAGAAGGCAUCUGUUGACAGCUGCUCAUUGUAUAAGUGACUACGAAAAAGGAGCAUUCUUUAUUCGUUUAGCCGAUCAUAGAACUUAUGAAGAUGAUCCUGAAGAAAGAGAUGUUUUUAUUCACGAUUGGUAUAUUCAUGAAAAAUAUAGAAGUGGAAAUCACAUGAAUAAUGACAUUGCCUUAAUUGUUAUAAAAAAUCCAGUCGAAAGUACUGACUAUAUUCAACCGAUAUGUUUACCAAAUGGUAAAAUUGAAUAUGAAAAUGGAAAAAUGUGUACAAUAUCUGGAUGGGGAUCAGAAAGAACUGGAACUUCUGCUCCAUCUAAAGUUUUACGAGCUGCUAAAAUACCAAUUUUAAAUGAUACAAUAUGCAAACAGCCUGAUGUUUAUGGAAAUCAUAUAACUGAAGGAAUGUUCUGCGCUGGAUAUUUAGAUGGUAAAGUUGAUGCAUGUGAUGGUGAUUCUGGUGGACCAAUGGUUUGUACAGAAGGAGAUUCUGAAGUUCUUUAUGGUAUAACAUCAUGGGGACUACGAUGUGGUUCAGAAAAUAAACCUGGUGUAUAUGUUAAAAUUUCAGAAUAUUUAGAUUGGAUUAAAAACAAAAUAAAUAUAUCAAUGCAAUCACUUAGUCACAGAUAAAAUAUAAAUGUAGAAAUUUACUUUACCAAAAAAAUAUAAAUAAUUUAAGAAAAUCCUUACCAAAGCCAUAAUUAGUAGAUAAGUUCAAUUAAAUAGAUUAGAUUAGAAUAAAAGGAAAAAAAUAAAAUAAA